CGGGCUUAGCUCAUACAGGUAUAGGAUGCCCCCAAAAUUGGGCGGUAUCGCCAAGCAACGCACCUCGCGCCGGAAGAUCGCAUUAGCAUGCGAUGCGUGCCGGGAGAAGAAGAUCCGCUGCGAUGGAGAAAAACCGGUCUGUGGGUCGUGUCUGCGACGGUCCUACGGAAUUGCCCAAUGUGCAUAUAGUAUGGAGAAUUCCAGAACGGCUAGUCAAGAAGAAUAUAUCCGGGCCCUGCGCUCGCGAAUUAAGGAACUCGAAGAUAUCUGUUUGCAAGCAGGAGUAUCGGCACCAGACCAACGUGAGGAUGCCUCAUACCAGAAAGACUGUCGUGUAAAUACUGCACGACCAAGCCAGCGUCAACGGUCAAGCCCCCAAACCGCCACCGGGGAUGACCAAGUGCGUCAAACACGUCCUGAAAUUGAACAGCAUGCAGUCGAGCAGGCGUCUAUAAUGCCAAGGAUUGGCUCAAGCCAUCAGCAACAGGGAGCAAAUCCCUUCCAUGAGAAAGUGACAAAUUCAGGCCGCGCCACUAUCCUUCGUGACGGCCUGAAUCUUAAUAUUACUCGAGGAAGGAGGGAUAUAUCGGAGGCAAGCUCGGUAUCGCCACACUUUGACAGUCCGGGCCAUGUCACCACAAUGGGACAGAUUUCCACGCCGGGUGGCGCCUUGGCGGUCCCGACCCCGGUCAGGGAAUACUAUGGAUCCUCAUCGACCGCAUCUCUGAUGAGGUUUGCGCGGGUUUCCAUUCCGUGGCAGUCGUCUGCGUCCAGUGCUGGCAUUGGUUCAGCUCACUAUCAGUUUUAUGAGUCUCCCAACACGCAAUAUCGGAUGAAUGAUUUUUCACUGCCCCCUCGCUCGCUAGCAGAUCACCUCCUCGACUGCUUUUGGGAGCAUAUAGCCUGCAUUUAUCCCUUUUUUGACCAACCGACCUUUGAGAUGGCAUAUGAUAACCUGUGGAAAUCCAAGGAAGAGAUGAAUGAGUUGCCAGAUAUUCACAUCGGUCUCGGGGGACAAUUCGACUCCAAUCCCAAAUCAAUCGUAUUCCAUUGCGCUCUGAAUGCGAUGUUUGCCCUUGGCUGUCAUUUCUCGGACAUUCCACUCCACGAGCGGGAGGCGACAGCACACUCCUUUUUCCUGCGCUCUAAACGUUUCGUAGGCCUGGAUUUGCUCGAGAUCCAUACGGUUGGAGUAGUCCAGGCUUUGCUGAUAGUGGCACUUUAUCUGCAGAGUAGCCCCUACCCGAGUAGGUGCUGGAAUGCGAUUGGGCUGGCCUGUCGUCUCGCCCAGGGCCUAGGCUUGCAUGAAGCCAAUCCAUCCUCAAUGAUGCCUCUGGAGACCGAAGUCCGCCGGCGAACAUGGCAUGGCUGCGUGAUGUUGGAUGUGUUUGUGAGCAUGACACACGGCCGUCCAAGCAUGACCAGCCAUCUGGCCCCAGUCCCGUUGCCUUAUUCGACAGGUGCAGUCCCGCCCACUAUGUAUUUCUAUAUGGGAACCAUUAAGCUAUAUCGCAUUUUGGAUAAAGUCCUAUCAGAUGUGUAUAACAUGUGGCGCAGUCGGUCGAGUGAGGGGGUGAAGUCCACAUUUUGGUCAGAAGGCAGUUUUGAUCCUUUGCUAGAACUGGAAAGACAACUGCAAUCAUUCAAAGCCGGUCUACCAUCAUGUCUCAAGUGGACUACGUCUGAGCGGCUAGAUCGUCCUGUCGAGUCGGCUAUUCUAGAUCGGCAGCGAAAUAUCCUUCGCUCACGAUACUAUUAUAUCCGUCUCUUACUCUACCGGCCAAUCUUCACCCAAGUCUGUUCGGAUAGUAGUCCGGUUACAAACCAGCAACGCAACGGUCCAGCCUGGAGAGAUGCGGAGAGUUCUCUUCAAUCCUGCAUCAUCAAUAAAUGUGCGGCUACCUGUGUGACCACUGCAAUUGACCUGGUUCAGUUGACCUACGAUACGUAUUUGACGCCAUUUACUGAUGCUUGGUGGUAUAAUGGUUUUUAUGCAUCCACAUGCGCCCUCGUCCUUAUCAUGGCAUCCUCGGUACCAUCGCUAUCCGACACAGUCAAUCCUGCCGUAAUCGAAGAAACCUGGAAGAAGAGCGAAACGGUCCUCACCCACAUGGCCACGUUUAGCCAAUCAGCACGAACCUCACUCCGCUUCUUACAAGCAGCGUUCAGUCAAACAGCUCACGGUCGGCCCUCGUCCCGUCCCAGUCCAAGGGACAUUCCAAAUCCCAGUCGAGGUAGCAUUCCUACCCACACAGCCGGUGCUCACUCUGCAGCAGAUGGACCUACUUCGUCCGUCCCACCCCAGACCAACACUCCAGGCUUGGAUUCAUCAUACUGGACAGACUCCGACUUUGGGUUUGGCUCGUUACAGGAUGACCUAGGUCUUCUUUCGUGGAUUGACGUUCCGGACAUGUGGCAAUGGUUAUCGCGUCCUGAUAUGUAAGAUGACCGAGCGGUCUAAGGUGC